ACAUGGCAUCUGUAGUAGUUAUUCAGCGCAAUCUUCCAUAUAUCAAGCAACAGUUCAGCGCAGCGUUAGGGAAUAGUAGUAUUGUAGUCAAGUGUAUUUGUGUUACAGUAAUAUUGUGCUAUUUUUUAUCUUUCAGUGAAUCAGCUGUGAAUGCCAUUAGCGUAACACCAGGUUUUAUUAUUCCUCCAAAUUUCUGGGUGUGGACAGCGUUUACACAUUGCUUCUUGGAGAAUAGAUUCUGGCUUGUUCUUGCUGAUAUAAUUACUGUUGGACUUUGUGGAAAACUUAUCGAACCACUAUGGGGUGCAAUGGAAAUGUUGACUUUCUUUGCAAUUGUGAAUACGUUUGUUGCUUUUUUGUCCGUAACAUAUUACAUUAUAUUAUACACAGUUACAUCUGACCCCAACUUUUUAUUUUUGGUUCAUAUCCAUGGGUUAGCUGGAUACUGUGCAGGUGUUGCAGUUGCAGUUAAGCAGAUAAUGCCUGAACACGUGCUAGUGUCAACUCCACUUGGAAAACUAAGGAAUAGAAAUGUACCUUUAAAUGUUCUGCUUUUAAGCCUGGUUCUGUGGUUAGUAGGACUACUCCGAGGAACUUACCCAGUCAUGCACACAGCAGGACUGCUAACUUCUUGGGCUUACCUAAGAUUUUACCAGCAUCACAGUAAUGGAACAAGGGGAGAUAUGGCAGAAAGUUUUACAAUUGCAAGUUUUUUUCCAAACGUUCUUCAACCUCCAAUAGCUGUGGUAAGCAAUGCUGUUUUUGAGUUUCUGGUUAAAAUCAAACUGUGCAAGAGACCUGUAAGGAAAUAUAACAUGGGAUCCUCUUCUUCUUCGAUUACAGUCAAUCUACCUGGAACAGACCCACAGGAUGCAGAGCGAAGAAGACAAAUAGCUUUAAAGGCUCUAAGUGAACGGCUUAGCAAGCAAGAUCAGUCUGCCUGGCCUUCUCUAGUGGAUGAUGAAAGAUCAACAGAAACCAAGGAGGAUCGAGGAAAGAAGGUAACCAUAGCUAUGCCUCCAACAUCACCACAUCAGAGCUCUCUUCCCCAGUCAGUGUCAACCACAAGUAGUGGCAAUGGUAAACCUAGUGAAACCAUUGUCACAACUCACAGUAUGGUGGCUCCAACAGCAUCCAAUUUAUAAAAAUGAAAGUAUACAAAAUAUUUUGGGUUUGUGUUUGAAAAUAUUACACUUUUCAACUUUUUAAGGCUUUCAGCUCAUUGACCUGUAAAGUUUUUUGGAGACUACAUAAAAUGAUUUGGUGGUAGGCAAGCGGUGUUCUCUAGCUUUAGUAAUCUAAAGCCACAUAAACUCCUGACAUCAAAAGAAUCUUCAGAACUAACAAACAUCAAGUGCAUAUAGCUGUAUUCAAGAAAAAACAUUUAACUCAUUUUAAAACAGGUGAUGGAAUUAUGUGACACUAUACUGCUGUAGCCUUAAUGAUCUUUUAAUCUCUUGAAGGCAAGAAACUUUAACACUAGUUAUUUAAUCAGCUUUGUAUGCUUUUUAUUUCAUUAUACUCUUUGAAAAGUCACCUAACCUUGAAUAACAAGUAUCUCUAAGUUGGACUACCUGGUUAUAGCCUUGAGAACUGACAUAAUAGGAUAAAAACAAUGAAUUAAUACUAUUAAAGUUGCCUGUUGAUGGGAUUGAAAAGUCAGUUAACUCUUGCAAGGUAAGUUAAUUCAGGAAUAAUUAUUUUGAAAUAGCCAGCGAGUAAAAUAAAUUUCUUCACAAUUUAAGUCAUGUACUGAUAGCAGAUUUUUUUUCUAAUUCUGAACACAUUUAUUUAGCUGCAACCACAUAAAUGCACCUAAUCUGAAGUUUUUCAGUAAUGCAUAAAACCAUUUUGUUGUAAUCAUUCAAAAUAAAGCUUGUCUGGCAAAUGAAGUAUUAAUGUGGUUAAAGGUUAUUUUCAUCAGUCAUGUAAUUUACAGGAUGCAGUAUCUUUUGGCAUACUAUGGUGAUUAAGAACUAUCAUUCUGAAGAUGUAUUUUAUUUUAACUAUAGUUAGUAUUGCACUUAGGCUACCAUAAGUAACAUAGUACAGUAUUGAUAUGAAUCAUAGUUAAAGUUGGAAAAGAACAAUUGAACAUGAUUACUAUUAUAAAAAGAUAAAUGCAAGGUGUUAGUAGCUAUCCUUAUAAUAGCAAUACAAAGCUUAAACAGCUGACUUUAGACAUACUGAGUUGAAGUUGUGUUUCAUAUGAUGUCAUCAUAAAGAUUAAAUUUAUUUUGACUGUUCUUUGUGGAAUAAGAAGUUAGAGUAAUUAUCAUAAUUUCUUUGCAUAGAACUUUCAUAUAUAACUUGAAAAAUAAGCUACUUGAAUUACAGUUCAUUCAAAGUCAUUAUUAUAAAUUUGUAUAAGGGUUUUCACAUUUCUCAAAUCUUUCAGUAGAACACAAGUCACAUUUAAUUUUCAAACCAAAAAGCAAAAUUUGCUUUGAUAUCAUAUGUGUCUUCAUUAAAAAUACAUAACCUGAGUGAAUAUUUUUCUACAACAAAUGACACUGUGCAGGUUUAGAUGUGAUUAUGUGUCAGAAAUAUAAUGAAUGUGUAUAUAAAGAUAACAUUUAUUUAUGUGAAUAGAUUUUAUUUACAUAAGAGUUUUAAAACUUCAACAUACAGCAGCCAUAUUUGUAUAAUGAUCUAACAUGUAUCCUAGCUGGCCUGAUGAGCCCUGAUAUUAGACAGAAGCCAUCAUUGGCACAGUAUAUGGCAGAUAUAGCAUUGUUGACAUACUAUUUACAUAUUCUUCUUUGCUUUCAAUCAUAAAUUCUUAGAAUUUUUAAUUAAAUGUAAAUUACAGGCCAUU